GAGCAGCAUCAUUUGGUGAUCCUGUUUGCAGAACCAUGGGUAACUAUGGAGUAAGGAGUAGGUUGAAUGAGAUAGGGACGAUUCUUUUGAGAUUUAAGAAAUGUUAGGAACCAAUUAUUUUGGUGACCUGCUGCUUGGGAUGCCAUUGCGGCAGUUGUUAUUGAAGGGGAGAAGAUUCUCUAUUCCGAAGGGUGUAUCCAGAUGGUUCAGCAGCAGAGCAGUGAUGAGCUGGGGAGAUGGUAGCCAUGGUGCUUUGGGGCUGCCCAGUUCCCCACUGAGCAGUGAUGCCUAUGAGCCAACACCGGUUCAGGGGCUGCCUUCCGAUAUAUUGAGUAUUGGCGUGGGCCACUAUCACUCACUCGCAGUUACUGCUCAAGGAGAGGUCUGGGCCUGGGGUAGAAACCUUGAAGCUCAGCUCGGUCGUGGUCUUUCUGAUCCCAGGGAAUCAUGGAAUGAACCAAAGCGGGUAGAGGGCUUGGAUGGAGUAAGAGUCACGGCUGCAUUUGCAUCUGGUGUUAUUUCCGCAGCCAUUGGCGAUGAUGGUUCAUUGUGGGUGUGGGGAAGAUCCAAGCGCGGCCAACUCGGUCUUGGAAAAGGAGUAACCGAUGCUGUCCGACCUUCCAGGGUUGAGGUGCUUGAAGGGGAGGAGAUUGUUAAGGUUUCUCUCGGAUGGGGCCAUGCUCUAGCACUGACCAAGGACGGAAAAUUGUUUGGCUGGGGUUACUCUGCAGAUGGUAGGUUAGGCCAGAUAGGGGAAGCCUUCGAGAUGAAACCAGAGGGCUUGUCUCCAACAACGGGACACCUCAUGGAUUCAGCCCUGGAAGUUGCAAAAAAGCUAGUCUUGGAUAGAAUCGAGAAAGAGAAAAACAUGCCCAUUAUCUGGGAGCCUUGUCUUCUACCAGAACUGAAUGAUGUCAAGAUCUCAGAUGUGGCUUGUGGGCUUGACCACUCCCUAAUUCUCUGCAGUAACUGUUCAUUUUCAGGUAAUGGUACCCUGUUGAGUGGCGGAGACAAUACAUAUGGUCAGUUGGGCAGAGUAACAGAGGAUUUGGGAUUGCUACCAGUUGACAUGAACUGUUUUGAGCCUCUGUCCAUAUCAUCUGGUCUAGGGCAUUCUUUAGUGGUGUGUAAACUUCUGUCAUCUGAAGUCAUUAGUGAGGCCAAGAGCAUUGUUUCGUGGGGAUGGAACCGGAAUUUUCAGCUUGGAAGAACAGGAACAGAGACCAUCCCUGGUGUGGUUGAGGGCCUCUCAUCUGAAACACCUGUUUCAUUGUCUGGAGGGCGUGCACAUUCAAUUGCACUCACAUCCAAGGGAGAGCUUUGGGUAUGGGGCUGUGGCAAAAAUGGAAGGCUCGGGUUAGGAAGCUCCAUUGAUGAAGUUGAGCCAACUCUUGUUGAGUGCUUACAAGGUUUUGAGGUUCUACAAGCUGUAUCAGGUUUUGAUCAUAAUCUAGUCCUGGUUGUGGAAUGAGGCAACCUUAGUCUUUGGACUCCACUGGUGUGACGAGAAG